UGCGUAAGUUUCUUUCAUCUAGCUUUUCUAUUGUUCACUAUAAAAGCAAUAUUUUAUUUCGGAGCAUCGCCAGUUCACGAUUAUAUCCGUUCCGAAGAGUGAUUUGAAACGCGCGCGCAGUACAAUAAAAUGAGGUAUUGUAGUAGCUGAAGAUCAAAAGAACUUUCAAGUGUUUGGUGGUACUUAUCUAAAUAAAUAAGAAGAUGAAACAGUUUGUUGUUCACCCAGUCACGCUAGUGCUUGUAUUGGCCAGUGUUUUAACCCAACAUGUGAAGUGUAUUACAAACAGUAAACCCGGAACGCCGAUUAGCGGCAGUUUUUCUUCGAGCACAGAAAGCUCUCAACAGCUAAAGGAUCUGAAAACCGAUGGAACUAGCAGUUUCUGGAGCCCACAUCCGGAAUACUACCACGAACGUGACCGUUACAACCGUCCAGAUAAGACAGAUUUUGUAACCUCAUACGGGAACCACGACGGUACCAAUAAAUAUGGCAGCGGUUCGCUGUCCUCGCCAUAUGGAUCAUAUGGAAAUAAGGAUCGAUUGGGAUACAAUUCUCCUAGUACCGGAAGUGGCGGCACGUAUUAUUCCCCGGGAGGGGUAUUCGAUCAAAAAUAUGCCCCAUAUGGUCCACCACAACCCGUUGAUUUUCCUACGUACGGCCAUGGAUACGAGUCCCACCCCGACUAUAAUCCUCAUGGAUACGGUUACAGUCUUGGAAAUCCAUACAGCGGCAAGGAUCUAGCCAAAUCAUUUCUUCUUCCAUUAGCUGGUGCUGCCUUAAUCGGUCUCGCCGCUGCACUGGUGUUUAAUCCGGCACUAUUGCAUUUGGGAGUUGCUGCUGUGGGGAAACGGAAACGACGAGAUGUGACUACGAAUGCACAUGAUCUAGCGUAUCGAGCAUGGUUGUUAAAACCACCCACCCCAACGACUCCUUCGACAUAACAUGUUGAUAAAGAAGUCCAACAAUAAGCUCAGCCUACCUCACCAUCAGUUGCUUUCUAAAAAAGAUGCUAUCACAAUUUAAAUUAAAUCUCUGUGAGCUAGCUUGGAAGUAAAUAGCACCAGUAAUUUAUUUAUACCCAUGAGACGAACAAUGAAACCAGCCGACUUUAAAUGGGAUUUAGGGAACCCGUCAAAAUCAGGAACUAAAUUAAAUUUUAGUGUUUGAUUUUGUUGAUUGAUGCCAGCAAUAUAGUUUUUAAGAUACUUUAA